UAUAAAAUAAAAAUUUCAAAUCGAAAAGAAAAUAAAGAUUUGUGUUAAAAAAUAUUCACAAAAAGGAAAAUCAAAAAGCUAUUAAGUUUAAAAUACUUUAGUAACUUUAAAAUUUAGUGCAUAAUUUAAAAGAGAAAACGAAAAAUGUGAAAUUUGAGCUAUGUUCAUGAAAUCGCUUAAAAAUUUAAAUAAAUAUCUGAUGAGAGAAGAAUUGUCUAAGAGAAGCAUUAACUUUUAAUUUGCAUUCCCGUCUAACUUGUAUGUAUAUAAAGAACAUUUAACGCACCAUUUUAUAUAAGUAUUUUGUGACAUCAAGUAGUGCAAAAUUAGCUGCUUAUUUUUAAAAUAAUUACUUUUUUAUUAAAAAAGAAAAACAUAUUCUAAAAAUUAACACUUCAAAAAGUGCUAGGAAAUAAUUAAAUAAAACCAGCAAUUUUAAAUAGGGUUAUAUCAAACAGUUGACUAAUCUUUUAAAUACAAAAUAAAAAUAAAUUUUGUUAAAAAAUAAAAUGGUCGCAUCAACAUCGUCAUCAACGACUUCAACAACAAUAACCCAGAAUGGGGUUGAAUCAAGCAAUGGAGCUGUGCCUAAAAACAAAAAUGAUCAAGUGACUUUAAAAACACUUCCUAAGGGUAAAUAUACCUUAGUUGGAAUUGAUAUUGAUACAACUGGACGUAGAUUAAUUGAUGAGAUUGUUCAGUUGGCUGCUUUUACUCCAAAUGAUCAUUUUGAACAGUAUAUUAUGCCAUAUAUGAAUUUAAAUCCGGCUGCUCGCCAACGCCACCAAGUGCGUGUGAUCUCAAUUGGUUUCUAUCGUAUGCUUAAAUCUACACAAACUUAUAAGAUCAUAAAAUCAAAAUCAGAAAUUGCUGCCCUUAAAGAUUUCUUACACUGGAUUGAGGCUCUUAAAGCCAAAGAUACUGGCUCUCAAGGUAUUAUUUUAGUGUAUCAUGAAGAGCGUAAAUUCAUUCCAUACAUGGUAUUGGAAUCACUUAAAAAGUACAACCUGCUGGACAGGUUCCUUAAUACGGUGAAAUCAUUUGCCAAUGGUCUCAACUUGGCUAAGGCUAACGCUGAUGAAGCAUUGCAACAUUAUACAUUACGCAAACUGUCAAAACAUUUGAAAGACAACUUUAAUAAUGUUAAUGUUGAAGAAAAUAAUAAUAGUGUUUUCGCAUCGUCCACUACCACAGCGUCGGAAGCUGGUGAAACAGCAUCCGCGUUGCCCGAACAGCAAGUGCCAGAGAAGAAGAAAUCACCAAAACCUAGUCCCAAUAAUGAGCGCGAACUAUUCGAUGGCAAUGCAAGUGUACGUGCCAAACUUGCUUUUGAAGUCGCUUUGCAUUUAAGUAAUCAAGGCACGAAGGAGUCACUAGACUCCACAAAUGCCUUCGAUAAAAUGCUCACCGCAUUGCACCCCUAUGCCCAACCCGUUGAAUGCGAUCUGAAUGAGUUACAAACACAAAAUGAAAAUUUGGAACGCCAGAACUCUUUCCGUCCUGUUUUCUUGAAUUACUUUAAGACCACUCUGUAUCAUCGCGUGCGUGCUGUUAAAUUUCGCAUUAUUUUAGCUGAACACUCUUAUGAUUUGCAGACACUGAAUGCCAUAUGGUCGGAGAAAAAACGUGAUGGUCUUGUUGAGAUUUUACAAGUCAUUGAAGAGCUAAAAUCUGAAGAGAAAACCGAACUGGCUGAUUUGUUUGAUAGCUAUUUUGAUCCAGCCAAAACUACUAUUAGGCCGAUUGUAAAGACUAACAACAAUCGUCGUCGUAAUAGACGUGUGCGUAACAAUGUAAGAAACAACGAUGGAAAUGCGACACGCUCUGUUGGCAAUGAACAAGGCGCUGGUGGAGAUAAACAGCAAGGUAGCAAUAAUGCAGCCAACAUACCUGAUUCUACUACCAAAUCUCCCAAAAAUCAACGUGGAAAACGUAAUUCACGUUCAUACAACAAUAACAAAAACUUAUUGAAAACCCAAACACCGGUGGCCAACGAUCAAACUGCUACCGCAAAUCCAACCAACAACGCAACUCCAGCCGCGGUGACUGUAUCGGCGUCUAACUAAUGAGUCCAACAAUAAAAAUGAUUUUAAAAAAAAAUCAAUAAUUACAUUAUAACUGUAAUGCCAUGCCCAAAUGUUGCUGCAACAUAAAAAUGUUAUUAAUUAUAUUAUUCAUUAAUUGCUAUUUUUAACCAAAAUAUCCAAUGUUUUUAGCUGUAAUAUAAAUUUUUCUUGUUUUGUUAAAACUUUUUUUUAAAUCUUUAUUCUUUUUCCAUUAUUUUAUUAAUUUUUUUAUUCCACAAAUAAAUACGUUAUUGUGAAUUACAUCUAUUGAAUAUAAAACUAAAUUUAAAAAUGUGUACGUACGUAUACAUAGUUUAUACAUAAAUAUGUAUAAUUUGUAAAAAAAACAUACAAAGCUGACAUUUGUGUUAAAAACUUUAGAAUGUUAAAAAAGCAUUCAUUAAAUUGAUUUUUCUUAUUUUAAACUUUGUUAAAACGAAAUUAAAUAUUUAUAUAAAACAUUAUGCUUUAUUGUCCAUCUAAAGAAUUAGUUUUGUUGUUCAUCUUUUGCUUUAUCGUUGUUAUAAAGCAAUUAUGAAAAAAAAAUGUCAAAACACAAAAGAAUAUUGGGAUUUGUAAAAAAAAAAAAAAAAUGAAUUUAGUUAUGAAACUACUUAAAAAUAAAAGUAAACUAU